AUGGUGACUUCGAGAAUACCGGCUUAUUCUCUAAAUUCGGAGUUCAACAGGGAGUUCAGAAGUUUCCGAAUAACACGAGCGACCCCACGAUCUACGUUAUACGCUCCCGCCAUCGUGCCUAUACACGAGUAUCCCAGGGUUAGCGUUCAUGAGCGACGUGAGGCGCUAAAGGCGGCUCUUGCUAAAGCGUGGUCGUCAAAAAGUAGCGAUAAGAGAAAGCAUGAUACGUGGACUGUUCCCAGCGAACAGAGUAGGGUUGGCAUAGCGACAGCAGACUUCACUCUUAAAUCGCAAAUCAAAAACAGCGAAGAAGUUUCACGUGUCGCACUUGUCAAACACGAAUUCGAAAGUAAAGAAUCAGAACGAGAAAGAGAAUUAAGAGGCGAAAGUGGACAACCUGCCAGUUUAAGCUACAGCCGGUCAACUGGAAACGGAAUAGAUAUACAGGAAACACUAAAAAAGGGCUGUGAUAAGGGAUUACACAAUAAUGAUUUGAACUAUAGCGAUUACUUGAAAAACGUUCCUAAAUGUAAAACUAGUUUUGAAGAUAACUUUCUUAAACAAAGCCAAGAGGAGCGCUACAGCAAACGAAACGGGUACGAAGCGACGUCUAAGCGCGUCGACAGGGACAUGAACCUAAACAACAUCGAGUACAGCAGCCUGAACGGCAGCACGUAUGAUUCUUUGAAGUAUUCGCGAACAGCGAACGGAACAGAAUCAGUGCAAUAUACAAGUUACGGUAAAGCGGACACCGUUAAGAGUAAAUUGUUCAGCACAGAUGGUCCAAAAAGCGUGACGUCUUGCAACGGUGAGAAGAACGGCUACGUUGGGGUUGAGCGGCACAGCGGGAAGGAACAGCAGCGCCUGACAAGCGGGCCCAAGGCGAUCGUGGAGCAGAGGCUCGCCGAGCGCCUCGAAGUUAAGGUCGCAGAGCUGCCAGCCCUCUACCUCGGCGUCGAUUCCUGGACGCCCAAGUCCGCCGCUUUCCAAAAAAGCAUGCGGGAACACGAGUGGAGCGUAUCGUAUGUAGUUACCUAA